ACAAAUUUAAUGUGCAAUGCUGCAGGCAAUGGACAGAGCACAUCGACUGGGCCAACGGAAAGUUGUGAAUGUCCAUCGACUGAUUAUGCGUGGUACCCUGGAAGAAAAGGUAAUGAGCCUUCAAAGGUUCAAACUUUCAGUUGCAAAUGCAGUCAUCAAUGCAGAAAAUUCAAGUCUGAAAACAAUGAACACCGACCAGUUGCUUGAUUUAUUUGCAUCAGCUGAAGCACCAAGAAAGGGAGCUACGACUUCGAAGAACCCGGAUGGAGUAGACCCCAAAUUAUUGGGAACAGGCAAAGGUUUGAAGGCUAUCCUGGGAGGACUUGAGGAGCUUUGGGACCAAUCACAGUACACUGAAGAGUACAAUUUGGGUCAGUUCUUAGCAAAACUGAAUGGAUGAUCCUUCAAUGCCACGUGUACAAAAUGUAUAUAUCUGAUGUAGGACCAAAAUUUUGACAGUUAAAACAUAGGCUCAUUUUUUCUUUUCUUUUCUUUUUAUUAUAUAUAUAUAUAUAUAUAUAUAUAUAUAAAUCCCGGUUCUUCUCCUUUCUCCCCAAUUUUUUCUUCUCCUGUACUCGUUAUUUGUGGAGACUGGGGAAAGGAUGAAGUUUUGAGUGGUUGGCAUGGAAGCCUUUGGCUUUGUAAUGGAGGGUUUGAAAAUGUCGAUCUGAGAAUGCUGAGGGGAAGGGAAGAUAUUUUAUAGAGUCCGGAUUUUGUAUAUA